AUGUCUAAUACUCUGUGGAAUUUAAUAAUUAUUACGCUAAUUGGGUAUUAUGCACAGAUUAUUUACCAUGAAUGGUCCCGACCAAUUGUGCUCACCAAAAACGGAUGGAUUCGGGGUUUGAGAUCAGAAGAAGGGUAUGACAUGUACUUGGGCAUACCUUAUGCAACAGUAAGAGAGGAUAACCCUUUCUCAACUUCCUCGUCCUAUCCGAGUUGGAACGGAAUUUUCGAUGCCAGCGACAACACCAAGCUAUGUCCGCAUGUGGAAGAGGCACUAAAAGUACCCGUGGGUACACUCCAAUGUCUGAAUUUACAUAUAUAUGCGCCUCGUAAUGGGAAGAGCCUUCCCGUGAUUGUGUUCAUCUAUGGCGGCCAAUACAGAUUUGGCCAUGCCGGUCGAAUCGGAAGUUAUGUUGUGUACAUACCAGAGUUUUUCGUACAAAACAAUGUUAUCGUAGUAACAUUUAACUAUAGAUCUGGUGUCUACGGUUUCCUUUGUUUGGAUACGCCCGAAAUACCCGGUAACCAGGGUCUGAAGGACCAGACAUUAGCUUUGCAGUGGAUAAAGAAAAAUAUAGAGAAUUUCGGUGGCGAUUCUAAUAGAAUUACAAUUUUGGGACAUAGCUCCGGCGCCAUGAGCACUGAGUUUCAUGUCUAUGUCAAUCCUGAUUUAUUCAACCAAUUUAUCUUACAAAGCGGGUCAGCAUUUGUACCAGGAGGCAUCGGCAAGGCAGAUAGAAACAAACCCAUCAAAAUAGCCAAGACAUUAGGCUAUGAAACAACUACAUUAAAUGACGCUAUAAAGUUUCUGACCAAAGUCGAUGUCCAAGCGGUCGCUACUGCAACGAAAGCGAUGAUUUUCAGACCGUGUAUAGAAAAACGUUUCGCAGGAGUCAAAGGCUUUUUAAACGAACAUCCACUCAAUAUGAAGCUAGAUUUAGGUAAUAAAACUGUUUUAAUUGGGAACACUAAGAGGGAAUAUGCUAAAGAAAUUUGCUUACCGUAUAAUGCUAUCGAUAGUAAAGAUGUGGUUAAAAUUAAUUUGAAUUUUGGUUUUGAGCCCAACGAUAAUAUUGUUGAGAGAAUAAAAAAAUACUACGACAUACAUGAAAAAGAGGGUCAAGUGGAAUAUGAAAAUGUUUUGAAGUUCUUUAGCGAUUUAUAUUUCAACUAUCCAACGGAUCGGACGAUUAAUAAAUACUUGGGUAGUGGAGUCAAAAAGAUAUAUCAAUACAUUUUUUCUUACUCUGGAAACAGAAAUCUAAUGAAGGUGAUGAGAAACAUAUCUGUUGAAGCAACAACGCAUGGAGACGAUCUUGGAUAUUUAUUUAAAAUGACAUGUUUGGACAAGACGAGUGAUAGCGAUCAACUUUUGGUUGACAGAAUGGUAAAAAUGUGGACCGAUUUUGCUAAGUAUGGAGACCCAACGCCCAAAAUAUCAAAUCUACUGCCAGUAACAUGGGUGCCGACCACUAAGCAAAGAAAGUAUCUCAUUAUAGAUACUAUAAUGAGGAUGGACGAUACAUUGCUUCAUGAUAGAAUAAAAUUUUGGCACAAUUUAUAUAAAACAUACGAAAAAUUUGUUAAAUUGGAAAGUUAG